AUGUACAGCUCCACUACGAACGCCCCGCCACUGCCUGAUGUGUCCAAGCAGGACACGCACGCCGACGUCGAGGCUUUACGCGCCAGUUUCGCUACAGGCGCAACGAAAGCCGUGAAGACACGCAAGUCGCUGCUUCUGGCGCUGCAGUGUCUUCUGAACGAGAACGAAGCGAUGAUUAAUGAGGCUGUAUGGAAGGACUUGCACAAACACCCGAUGGAGCUAUUGGUGACGGAGGUGUCGCUGCUUAAGUGCGAAAUUCAGGAUUAUAUCGACUAUGUAGCGGAUUGGGUCAAGCCCAAGAUCAAAAUGACAAAUGUCGUAAACCUCCCGGGCCUGUCGUAUGUCCGACCUGAACCUCUCGGUGUUGUGUGUGUCAUUGGUACAUGGAACUACCCCAUCAAUCUGCUGCUUAUGCCGUUGGUAGCAGCUCUGGGCGCAGGGAAUUGCGUGCUCGUGCGACUGCCUGGAGAUGAUACGACGAGGUAUUUGAACGACGUUUUGUUGAAACUAUUUGACAAGUACAUGGACAAACGCUACGUGCGUGUCGUGUACGGAGGUGUGAAUGAGACCAAAACGAUGCUACAAGAACGUUUCGACCUUAUUUUUGCCACUGGUGGCACUUUUCUGGGCAAAAUAGUAGCCCAAGCUGCAGCGCAACACUUGACGCCGACGGUGCUGGAGCUCGGAGGCAAGUCGCCGUGUAUUGUGGACAGUACAGCUGAUUUACAGCUGGCUGCGAAACGCAUUGCGUGGGGAGCUUUUGUGAAUGCUGGACAAACUUGUGUCCGUCCGGACUAUCUGCUGGUGGACGCAAAAGUCGGGGACCAGUUCGUUCAGCUGCUACAAGAAGAAAUCGUGGCACAGUUCGGCUCCGGCAACGUGCAGUCAUCGGAAAGCUACGGUCGUGUGAUCAAUCAGCGCAUGUUUGACCGCUUAGUACGCAUGCUGGAGACAGACCGCAAAUGUGUGACGCAUGGUGGAGAGACUGACGCCAAAGAGCGCUUUAUUUCACCGACGCUGUUGAAUUUCCGCUCGGACCUUCGCUCGUUUUUGUCAAGCGCUUCAAUGGGCGAAGAAAUAUUUGGCCCUCUGCUGCCGAUCUACUACUACACCACUGGUAAUUUGGAUGAGCCCGUCGACUUUAUUACUGCACGAGACAAACCACUCGCGCUUUACCACUUUAGCUCCGACGGCAAGAUGAAGGAGCGUGUGGUAAAUGAAACGUCGGCUGGCAGCAUGGCAAUAAACGAUACCAUGAUGCAGAUAGCAAACGCUAAUCUUCCGUUCGGUGGUGUCGGUAGCUCAGGCAUGGGAUCAUACCACGGCCACUACGGCUUCAGGGCCUUUUCGCACUUCAAGGCAGUGCUCUACAAGAAUGGUGUAUUGGAUCUGCCUCAGCGCUAUCCUCCGUACACACCGGCCAAGAAGCGUAUUCUGGCCAUUUUCAUGUACCCGUUCACUCGAUUCCAGAUGCGACUAAUGAAGAUGGUUGGCGUCGCCAUAAUUGCUGCUAUUAUGACGAUCGUCAAUGGAUACUUCGUCUAA